AUGAAGGAAGAAAAAGACUGCCAGUUGCCGUUCCUCGCCGUGCUAGUGUGCAGAGAAGACGGUGGGGAGCUCAAAACAACAUUUUGUAGGAAGGAGACUUAUACCUCUCGCAUCCUGAGUUACCUCAGAAACCAUCCCGUCUCGCACGAACGUAGCUGCGUGCGAACGCUAUAUCGCCGUGUAGAAACCCACUACAGAGAACCAGCCGACCAGAAGGCCGAGGUCCAGUAUCUGCGGAAAAUCUUCACAAUGAAUGCCCAUUCUGGUGCAUUCGUCGAAAAAUGCAGGCAAAGGGGGCCAUACGAAGAAAACCAACGGGACAGCCAGAACCGACACGCUGGCGAGCAAUACCCUAUAACAGGACAGCCAGAACCGACACGCUGGCGAGCAAUACCAUAUAUUGCUGGUGUUUCUGAAGAAUACGCACGACUGUUUAGCGAAUUUGGGAUUGGCGUUGCUCACAGACCGGAAGCAACAAUCCGCAGACAACUUAUGUUGCCCAAGGACCCAGAACCCGUUAACGAAAAGUCCAGUGUCAUUUACCGUAUUGACUGUCUUUGUGGUGAAGCCAAGUAUGUUGGUGAAACCGGCAAACGGGUUCUCAGGGGGAUCCACCAGCAUGAACUCGCUGUGCGACGGAACGACAAGCUUCCCCUGGUGGUCGUCCACGCAUCCAUGCCAGGGCAUGGCUUCAACUUCGAACGCGUGCAAAUACUGGGUCGGUCAGACGACCGCACUUCACGCCUGCUGCAGAAAGCAUAA